GAUGAAGAGGUGAAGGAGGACGGAGUAGAGGGCGAAACAAUUGUGUCAACAGAGGUGAAGGAGGAGGGAGAAGAGGGCAAAGCAGGGGUGUCAACAAAGGUGAAGGAGGAUGUUGUUAACCGGACUCUAAAUGGUAAUGAAGCGUCAGGUGUACGUGGAGCGAUGCAUUGUUAAUGGACUCUAGGUGAUUUUCUGAAAGAAGCAAAAGAUGCAGAAGAGAAGGAAUGAGGGAAAGUAUUGGAAAAAACAUCAGCGACAUCUACUUCUGCAGCCAAUGAGUUCACAAAAAUAACAGAGUUUCCAAAAGAAAAAAGAUAGAAGGAAUGGGGAAACAAUACUGCCUACGUCGUGGAUGACGAAGAAGAAGUUGAAGUACAACUUAAGCGCCGUCCGAAACGAUUACAUCUCGAGAAAGAAAGAACAGACUUAUCGGAAGAAGAACAAAGGCAGAAGGAAAGGGGAGAGUCCUCUAAAGAAUCAAACAACGAAUCAGUAACGAGUGAAAACUAAUAUUAGUCAAUCCGCAACUUUCUAUCUACCUGGACUUGAUAUACCGUCAGAUUCCUCAAGCCCCCUGGCUAUCGGAAUUAAGAAAACAAAUAGAGUGGCAGAUCGUGGUAUAUACACCUCAACCCCAACCUAUUCUUUCCAUGGCAGAUGAAGAGGUGAAGGAGGAUGGAGCAGAGGGCGAAGCAUGGGGAGAAGCGGGCGAAGCAGGGGUGUCAACAAAGGUGAAGGAGGAUGUUGAGAACCAAACUCUAAAUGGUAAUGAAGCGUCAAGUGUACGUGGAGCGGUGUAUGGGUCAAGGACUCUAGGUGGUUUUCUGAAAGAAGCAAAAGAUGCAGAAGAGAAGGAAUGGGGGAUAGUAAUGGAAACAACAUCAGUGACAUCUACUUCUGCAGCCAAUGAGUUCACAGAAAUAGUAGAGUUUCCAGAAGAACAAAGACAGAAGGAAUGGGGAAAUAAUACAGCCUACGUCGAGGACGAUGAAGAAUAAGAAGAAGUUGAAGUACAACUUAAGCGCCGUCCGUAACGAUUACAUCUUGAGAAAGAAAGAACAGAUUUAUCGGAAAAAGAACAAAGGCAGAAGAAAGGGGGAGAGUCCUCAAAGGAAUUAAACAACGAAAUCAAUAACGAGGGAAAACUAAUAUUGGUCAAUCAACCACUUUCUAUCAACCUUGACUUGAUAUACCGUCAGAUUCCUCAAGCCCCCUGGCUAUCAGAAUUAAGAAAACAAAGAGAGUGGCAGAUCGUGAUAUAUAAACCUCAACCCCAGCCUAUUCUUUCCCUGGCAGUUGAAGAGGUGAAGGAGGAUGGAGAAGAGGGCGAAGAAGGGGUGUCAACGGAGGUGAAGGAGGAGGGAGAAGAGGGCGAAGCAGGGGUGUCAACAGAGGUGAAGGCGGAGGGAGAAGAGGGCGAAAUAUGGAUGUCAACAAGCUGGGACCACUAUUAGCUUUGAGUAUUGUCCUUUUACAUAUCUGAUCAGUGGCCUUUAUGUUUGCAUUUUGGUAUUAGUUGUCAUAUAAGCUUUAAUGUCUCAUGAGAUUUCAAUUGUCGAGAGACUUCUAACAACAUGUGUAGAUCCUCGUAUGGAAUGAUCUUUAGCUAUUGUUUUCUAGUAAGUUUUCCUAAUGGUUUUGUGGCAUGCAUAUUCUACAUGGAACUGCAGUUGAUUCCAUAAGUCUUUGGCAAAAUUGAGCUUACACUAGAAGAAGUCGCUUAGCUUAGCUUUGAGCAUAUCUGAUUGGCUAUCUUCUCAGAGCCCUAUGCCUCAAGUGAGUGAGACUCAGAGCUCUGAUAUCAAGUCUGGCUUCUCGGGCUUCCUCAAUUCAUUCAUUAACCUAACCUAGUUCUACAAAUAUACCUGGAUGCAAUGGUAAAUGAAUAGAUCUUCCACUAAUCAAUUUGGUGUUGGUUUUUCUCAGAGUUUUUACAGCAUUGCCAUCUAUGAUGGGCUUCAUUCUUAAAAUUGAGGUUGCUACAGAUUGGUCAACAGUGAUUCGUUGUACUUGGGAUUUUGCUUCUAUCUUCUCCUGUUCCUGGGAAGCCCAGGGUACCAUUCUGAGUUAAUGGAGCUGCAUUUGUGCUCAGUAUCUUUCACAUUAGAGCCCAUCAUUUUGGUUGAGCUAUUAUCCAUGGAGGUGGAAAGUAUGUUGGUAAUUCUAGAGAUCCUGGUGUAAUUUUUGUCUCUGUGGAUGAUAUACACAUGGUGAAUUUACUGACAGUUAGAGGUGGCAAUUAGGAUCCAAAUCCAUGAAUCCAAUCCAAUCCAUCCACCAAAUUAUCCACUUAAUCCAAUCCAUUUAAAUCCAAUCCAUUUGAUCCAAAUCCAAUUGGAUUGGUGGAUUCAUGGAUCAAUCCAUGGAUCCAAAUGGCAAAUUACAAUUUGGUACCUAUAUUUUUUAUAUUUUACAUUUUGAUACCUAAAAUUUAUAUUUUUAUACGAAAAAAAUCAUUGGAAAAUUACAUUUUGGUACCUAAAAUUUUUCAUUAUGACAUUUUAGUACGUAAACUUCUCAAAAUUUACAUUUUGGUCCAAGCCUUGGAUGUCAUUUGGAUUCAUGGAUCAAUCCACCAAUCCAUUUGAUCCAAUCCAUAAUCCACCAAUCCAUCCAUGGAUCCACCAAUCCAAUCCACGAAUCCGAUCCAAUUGCCACCUCUACUGACAGUACCAAGUCACUGGCAGAAGCUUCAUUGUCUGGCUAGCAUAUCAUGAUUUUUGCUGAAAAUUACAGGCUAAAGAUACUCAACAAGUCAUUUUGUCAAAGCGUGCGUGCAGCGUGCGAGUAUUAUUUGCUUGCAACUUGAAUUUCUGAGUUAACUGUGUUAAAUUGUAGUGGUAAGGAAUUUCACUCAGUAGCCCCGGCGGCAGCGGGUGGAGGAGGUGGUGGUGGAUGCAGGAUGCUUACCGACACUGGACUCGUCAGCAUUCUUGCUGGACUAUCACCGUCAGAUUUAGCAGCAACAAACGGUUAGCGUCGAU